AUUGGGAAGAGAAUCCGCACGUCUGCUUGCUAGCCUUUCCUCCGGGUGGUAGUUGAGAGCGGUGGGAGCCAGUGCGCCUGAGAUCUUGCCCUGCGGAGGGGGUGUCCCGGGACGGUGAAUCCCUCCAUUGCCCCUAAAAGCUCGAGAAAGCUGCUGGGCCCUGGGACACUGCAGUGCCCUCUUUCCUUUGGCCCGGGGACCGUUUUUUUAAAUAUCCAAGGGCGUGGGUCAGUCUCCCUUAGGACUUCAUGUCUGUAUAUUUCCCCAUACACUGCCCUGAUUAUCUGAGAUCAGCUGACAUGACUGAGGUGAUGAUGAGCACCCCCUCUAUGGAUGAGAUUGGGCUGAAUACCCGGAAGGAUGGCAUCUCCUAUCAGAUCUUUCCUGAUCCGUCAGACUUUGAUCGCUACUGCAAACUGAAGGACCGCCUGCCUUCCAUUGUGGUGGAGCCCACAGAGGGAGAAGUGGAAAGUGGGGAGCUAAGAUGGCCCCCAGAGGAGUUCUUGGUCCAAGAAGAUGAGCAAGAAACCAGUAAAGAAACAGAGAAUGAGAAGAAGGAGCAGUAAAUCUAUCAAGGGCACCCAAAGGGGGCAAAAAAAAAAAUACAUCUGAACUGUAUUUUUUUCCCAUCAUGGUGGAAAAUGAGUGAGCCACAGUAGUUCUGAAAAUGUCCAAUGACAGCUUCAAUUUUGCACCUGCAAGAUCACUGGGUUGGUUUUCUUUCUUUUUUUUUUUUUGAUAUGUAUAUUUUUUUUUUUCUGAAAGAAAUGUGUCCAGCAGCUGAGUCCUCAAUGCAAAGAUCAGCAAGGCCUUCUGAGAAAGGAAGUCACUUAGCUGGGGUUGGGGAAGUGUCUGCUGCUUUGAGAUCACUAUCUGAACUCUUCGUAGUCUUGAGGAGUUGUGAUAUUCCAGGGGGGGUUGGUAAAAGGCAGAACAAGUGAGGAACAUUCUGAGGCAAGAAAGCAAAUGACAGAAAUAAGAGAAAAUAGAGAUUUUAAGAAAACACUCAGCAAAGACCUACAGCCAGAAAGCAUUCAGAGGGGACUAGUGCUGGCUCAAAAGUACAUCCAUAAAUAGAGUCAUCAUCUCUCUCCUGUUUUUCUCUUUUCCCAUUUUUGUUUCUGUUCAGAGUGUGUUUGAGUGAAUUAACAAGGGAGGAGGGGAAACAGACCACACUGGGACCUUUCUAAUGUCCAGGGCAAAAAGAGCUUCGAGGCAAGCAUGUGGGCAAAUCCCUUGAUCACCAUCCUUCUUCCUCCUUUUUCCCCCACUGCUACCCCUAAUCUUCACCUUCCUCUGACAGAGGACCUUUCCCAGUGGCUGUCUGUUUUUUGUUUUGUGAGUGGGGAGGGCAAGAUUUUCUGGGUCCAUUUCCCAAAGUUUCCAUCCCUUUUUGUUCUUGGUGCCCUGGCAUCCCGUGUCCCUUUGUGGGGGGUGAGGAGUAUAAGAGAACUACAGGACGGGUCCCUCGCCCUUCUUAGGAUGAAAGGCACAUGACAGUGCUGCUCUCUCCUCUUGCCAUUCUCAAAGUCUGAGCAGGAGGUUUGGGAAUGCCUAGGCUCUCUUCCUUUAAUUAACCCUUUCUUCCAAAGCCCUUGUACCAGUCUCUGAGCUGAAUCUUCUGUCUCCUCCCAGUUGUUUGAUUCUAGCCAGUCUGACUAGCUAGGUUACUUACUGUUGGCCUUCAGCCUACUUUUCACCUUAAGUAUUCUCCCUCCUUUUUAUGAGAAGUGGAGGAGUGAGGGGAAGAGAAACCUUUAUUCCUUGGUAUUGUUUUUAGGUAGAAGCUGAGUCUUUCUUCUGGUAAUGAGGGCCAGUGUAGCCUGGGACUUGGAAGGAGUAUGGAUUGGGGAAGGGGGCAAGGAGGGAAGGAGAGGAGGAGGAGUGAGUGGGGUGACACGUGGUAGGUCGAGUGCCAGCAGCACUGUGACCAACUUGGAAAUUAGAGGGGUGUCAUGAGAUACCUUGCAGCUUUCCAAGUUCUGGAGAGGUAGGUAUUUUGUGUGUGUGUGUGUGUGUGUGUGUGGGUGUGGUGGAGAGGGGAGGAGGCUUAUCCUGGAUUGCUCUGCCCUGAGGAGGCUCCAGGAGGGAAAGGAUGUUGUAUUCAGACCUGAGUUCCCCCCUCAAUCCCCCUAAUUUUGCCUCUCCCACCUCCUUCCUCUCACCCUCCCUGGCCCUUUGUCUGGAAGGGCAGCUUCCACAGGAACUUUGGUAGCUCACUUAUGAGCUGGCUAUGGUGAGGCUUUCCACCUUGGAAUCCAGGGUCCGAAGAACAAAUUAUAGAAACAUUUCCAUCUUGUUGCCCAAUCCUCUGUGGCUUCCACAGAGGCAGAGAGAGGCAGCAGAUGAUAAGGAAUCAGGCUUCGAAGCUUUCCUUGGGUAUAACAAGGGAACCCAAGGCACUGGACCAUUGCCUCCCUGUUUCCAAUCAGUCCUGUUUCAGCCUCUAGUCUUGGACUUAGUGUAAUAUAUUUGUAUUUAAUACCUCAUGGGUAGUAUGGCGCUGGGGAAGGCUGGGAAAGGGUGUUGCUUUUGUGUAUCAGCAGGACCAGGUUUGAGGGGUAUCUUUCCCCUCUUCUUCCCUCUCAUAUCAUUUGCUUGUAUUAUAAACAUUGAUGGCAAUAACUUUUAGCUCCAUACAGUGGCAGCAGGCCAGUAGGUGGGGGGGGGCAGGGAGAUGACCCCCCUGCAGUUUCUGCUGGUGACCCAUGAUAGGUCUGCCUCUGCCUCUCUCUUUCUCUCUCUCUCUCUCUCUCUCUCUCUCUCUCUCUCUCUCUCUCUCUCUCUCGUUGUGGUUUGGUGGCAAAGAGCCAGUCAUCUCUGUCAUGUAUCCCCCGCUGUAGUUUUGAUUAUCAUUCAAUUCCUGUGGAGGGGAGAGUCGGGGACUCACCUAACUCCUUGUCUUGGGGUGGGUAUCCAGCACCCCCCCAUCUGCUUCCUGUUAUCAUCUGUCCCAGUCUUGAUGUGUGAUGAAACGUGCUUUUGUACACUGCAUAACAAAUCUACUUUCUGUGUGUAUCUAUGUUUAUGGCUGGUGGGUUAUUAUCUUUCUGGUCUAGAGACCACUCUCUAUCACCAUUUGGAAUUUGGAGCAGGUGAGGGGCCGACAGCCAGCAUAGGCCAGGAUCUUCAGAACGGUCAGCCCCACUGGGUUGAUCCCAUCUACCCUUGGAAGAUACUAUGCUCUUUAUCUGGCCUCUGUGUCGUUGUGGGUUUUUGUUUGAUGUUAUUGUUGUUAUUGUUGUUGUUUUCCCCCCUUUUAGAAGGAAUUUGUGUGUAUUUCUAACUGAAUGUAUCAAAAAAAAACUUAAGUAAAAAAUGCCUGUUGUUUGAUGAA